AUGCCUCGCCCCAAAGUCCCCGAGAGCCUGCGCCAGAGGGCCGCGGAGGCCUGCAGCUUCUGUCGCGAGGCCAAGAAGAGGUGCAGCGGCACCGCACCGUGUACGCAAUGCGUGCGCCGCGGACUGGAGCGGGAUUGUUGCAUGACUGAGCUGCCGCGGGGGUCGAGGACGAGGAAGAUUUCAAAAAGCAGUGCGGGCGGGGGGACGAGGAGGUCGCGCGCGACGCCGGCGCUGGAUAAUGAGUCCAUCACGGUUUCGGUGAGCUCGCCGGUGUCACCGAGGGAUCGGUCGCGGAGGAGUGGGAAUGGAGCUGGGCAGAGACAACUUCGCCUGUCGCCUCCUGCUUCUCAGCAAGAAGAUGAGGAGACGAGUAUGAAUGUUGACCCGCGGCCUUUGACGCCGCCGAGGGAAACUCAGAUUGCGACGGAUCCAUCCCUGCUGGCGAACCCGUCACGGAUGCUUCGAAGUCUUCACGGUGAACAAGUAUACGUGGGAGGCGCCGCAGCGAUAUCCUUCCUCCAAACAGUCCGUCAAGUCGUCGCCGGGCAGAUCGGGCCCUCUCCGUUCUCACACAACGAUGACACCGAGACGAUGCUCGAAGUUGAGUCACCAGAAACUCGCGCCACGACCUCCCCAUCGGCAGAGACCGCAGUUGAACUGAACGUGCAACAAAAGCUGGCGUAUCUGCAUUGCUAUUACUCUGCAACCGAAGGCCUCAUCGACAUCUUCGACCCGAGUGAACGCCAGCAGCUCUUCCACCUAGCUCAGAGCCAGUCAUCAAACACGUGCGACGACCGUCCCUCAACACCCCCAAACAUUCUCCCAGACCCCAUUAGAGAAAUGGUAAUAGCGAUAGGCGCGCAGUGCAGCAGCGCGUCCGAGGCGCAAACCAUUGGCCGGAGCUGCUUCCGACGAGCCCAGCGCCAAGCAUUCGCAGAGCUCCUCGAGGACCCCGACCUUCACAUGGUCCGGCUCUUCCUCUUGAUGGCCUUCUACAUGCUGGGCGAGUGCCGCAGGAACACGGCCUACAUGUACCUCUCCAUCGCCGCCCGCGCCGCCCUCGCUCUCGGCCUCCAUAGUCCCAGCUCUUUCAUGGGCAAGCCGGAUCAGAAGGGCCAACUACGAUUACGAGUCUGGAUCAGCGUCCGCAUCCUCGACAAACUCGUCAACUCCCUCCUCGGCCGCCCCGCCGCCACAGCCGGCGUCCAAACCGACAUCCGCGCCGCCCUCGACCAGCUGCCCCCUCACCCGGACGACUACGCAACCCAGUGCCUCACCGCGACCUGCGAGAUCGUCGACAUCAUCAACGAGAUCAACAACACCCUCUACCACGACAAGGACGUCUCCGCCACCGUCGUCGAGCACCUCCUCCUCAAGAUCGACGCCUGGAAGCGCGGCCUGCCCCCGUCCCUCAAGGGCUCCCUCCACCACCACCAGCCGUCCGAGCCAGACUCCUCCUCGUCAACCCAGCGCGUCGCCAUCGCAAAAAUCCACGUCUCCUGCCUGUACUACUUCGCCGUCACCCUCGCCACCCGCCCCGUCUUCAUCUCCUCCCUGAACAGCAACCGCCCCGACGCAAAGAUCCACAACCCGCCCCUCGCCGCGGCCUGCAUCGACGCCGCCGUGUACCUCGCCCAGACGUGCGCCGACGCGCUCAAGGCGGGGCUGUUGCAGCGGAGCAUGUGCAUCAUGAAAGCCCUCGUCUUCGCAGCAGGCCUCGUCCUCGGCGUCGAAAACUUCGCCAAGUCCGCCAUCGACAUCGAGACCGACCGCGCCUUUCAGGGCGCCAUCGACGUCCUCGCCUUCCUCGCCGCCCAGAGCCACCAGGCCGCGCACUACCUCGAGAUCCUCACCUCCCUCUCCAACGCCAUCUCCGAGCGGCGCGCCAAGCCCGCCCCCGUCGGCGGCAGCCGCUACGUCUCCAAGCUCUUCAGCCUCGACCCGCCGUGUCCCGUCAGCAGCGGCAGCAAUCUAUUUUCUCAGAGACCCCAGGGCGAGGACGAGGCGGGCUUCUGGCCGCUGAUACGGUUCGAGCAGGGCGUGGUUGGCGAGGGCGGUAUGAGCGGAAGUGGGCUGGGCGCAGGGGACCCGGGUAGCUGGCCCGAGGUCCAGCUUGACGAUGAUGAUUUGAGUAUCGACUGGGAGAGUCUGAACAUCUUUCAAUGGGACAGUUUUCCGUUCAACGCGUGA